CAGUUCUGCUAGAUCUGUCAAACUAUUGUCAAGCAACCCAAUCGUAUCGGUGGAUUUAUCUCGCUGUUUUCAGUAUUAUUUCAUUGAAAUACGUGUAGUUUGCUUUGGUUGUGCUUGCAAGUGUUGGAUUGUGUAUUUUGAACCAUGUCGGAGGGGCCAGACACACCGCCCUUUAGCACGGUCGAUAUUAACAAUGAUAACAGGGAUGAAGAGGAUCUUUUUGCGUCUGCGGUCCAGGAAGUCAGCCUGGACCCUGAAGUCAACGGAGCCCAAGAAAGCAUGGAAAAGGUGACCAUAAGUGAUGCACUGCCGUCUAUAACUACUACAUUAAGCAGCCCCAUAAUGGAAGAGAUUGCAACGGAACGCACAAACAACAUUAUCAUCACCAUCACAGAACCACAGAAGAUUGGCGAAGGCAUGAGCUCCUACGUAGCUUACCGUGUACUCACCAAAACCAACAUGCCUAUAUUCAGCAGGCAUGAGUUCGCUGUGUGGAGACGCUUCAGUGACUUCUUAGGGCUCCACGAGAAACUGACAGAGAAGUAUCUUCGCUCUGGAAGAAUAAUACCUCCGGCCCCUGAGAAAAGCAUAGUUGGAACAACCAAGCUAAAGAUGACAUCGACGCCGUCAACGGAGAGCGCUAACGGGAGCAACUCAGGCAACGUGCAGUCCCAGUUUGUGGAGCGACGGCGCGCGGCGCUCGAGCGAUUCCUGAACCGCGUGGGGCAACACCCUGUGUUGUGCAUCGAUCCGGACUUCAGGGAGUUUCUGGAGUCAGGUUUGUACUGA